AUGGCCUUGGUGUUUGCAGUUAAAGAAAUCAAUGAAAACCCUCUGAUUUUACCCAAUAUCACCUUGGGCUUCAACAUCUAUGACAGUAAUAUCAAAGCACAACAGACCUAUCAUGCCACAAUGUUACUCAUGUCUACAUCGGAGAAAUUUGUACCUAACUACGUGUAUGAGAUCCAGAAUAAGCUAACAGCAGUUAUUGGGGGGCUGGAUGCUGAAAUCUCCCUUCAUGUGGCAAAUAUUUUAGAUAUACAUAAGGUUCCACAGCUCAUCUAUGGACCUGCUCCUGUCAUGAACACGAAACCUCCAGGCCUUCCCUUCUACCAGAUGGCUCCGCAGGAAACCAUUCAGUGUGAAGGGAUUCUCUCUUUGCUCCUCCAUUUCAGGUGGACGUGGAUUGGGGUUGUUGUUACAGAUAAUGAUAAUGGAGAACUGUUUCUGCAAAUUGCUGUUCCACUAUUUUCUAAGAGCGGUGUCUGUUUUGCCUUCAUAGAAAGUCUCCCCAAACUAAGUUUUGUCACUGAAAUUAAUGCCAUGCUACAGCAAGGAGCAAAAACCCAUGAUAAAGUGAUAGUCAGCAAAGCCAACAUUGUGGUGGUGUAUGCAGAAUCUUAUUCCAUGGCAUUACUUCUAUGGUUUCCAUAUCUCUCAGAACAAGAACACAUGAGAAAGAAUGCAAAGGUAUGGGUAAUAACAUCCCAGAUGGACUUCACUUCAUAUGUCCUUCAAAGGAAUUGGGAUACAGGGAUAUUCCAUGGCACUAUCUCCUUCAGAAUCCACUCCAGUGACCUACUGGGAUUUCAGCAAUUCCUUGAGAGUAGAAACCCUUCUAACUCUGAAGAAGAUUUUUUUAUCAAGGACUUCUGGCAACAGGCCUUUGGCUGUGUAUUCCCAGAUAGCAUGGUGGGCAAGGUGGAUGUAGACAUUUGCACAGGGGAAGAGAAGCUGGGGAGUCUUCCUGGAUCAUUUUUUGAAAUGGGCAUGACUGGUCACAGCUACAGCAUCUACAAUGCUGUCUAUGCUGUGUCCCAUGCCCUACAUGCCAUGUACUUAUUGAGAACCAAACCUGGGGCAAUGUUGAAUACAGGAGGACCCAAGCUUCAGAAUCUACAGUUUUGGCAGGCCCCUAGGCCUGUCAAGGGCAAGACACACUCCAAGGCAGAAGGCGGUUCCCCGGCUCCUGCCUUGACCGUCACUUUUAAAGUGUGGGGAGUCCGCCAGAUUUUACCCCCGCUUAUUGCCAUAACGGCAUCCCAGCCUCUUUCUCUUUGUACUGAGAGUUGCCAACCUGGUUCCCACAAGAAAAUGAAGGAGGGGGAGCCAUUUUGCUGCUACGACUGCAUCCCAUGUCCAGAAGGAAAGAUUGCAAACCAGGAGGAUUUAAAUGACUGCAACAAAUGCUCAGAAAAAGACUAUCCAAACAAGGAUCAGGAUUUCUGUAUCCCCAAGAUUGUAACCUUCUUGUCUUAUGAAGAACCUCUGGGACUCAGUCUAGCCUUCUUUGCCUGUUCUUUUUCUUUCAUCACAGCUGUGGUGCUGGGGACAUUUGUGAAACACAACAACACUCCCAUAGUCAAAGCUAACAAUCAGAGCCUCACCUAUACUCUCCUCAUCUCCAUUCUCCUCUGCUUCCUUUCUUCACUACUAUUUAUUGGCCGUCCUCAGAAGUUGACGUGUCUCCUCCGACAAACUGCCUUCGGCAUGACCUUCUCAGUGGCUGUUUCCUGUGUAUUUGCAAAAACCAUUACAGUGGUUUUAGCUUUCAUGACCACGAGGCCAGGAUCCAGCAUCAAGAAAUGGGUGGGAAAAAGACUGGCUAGCACCAUUGUAUUUUCGUGCUUUCUCAUCCAAGCAAGCAUCUGUACCAUGUGGCUGGGAACCUCACCCCCAUUCUUGGACGUUGACAUGCACUCAGUGACUGAAGAAAUUGUACUGCAAUGUAAUGAAGGUUCUGUGACUAUGUUUUAUUCUGUCUUGGGCUUCAUAAGCUUCCUGGCAAUUAUAAGUUUUACCGUGGCUUUCCUUGCAAGGAAGUUACCUGAUAGUUUCAAUGAAGCCAAGUUUAUCACAUUCAGCAUGUUGGUCUUUUGCAGUGUUUGGUUAUCAUUUCUUCCCACCUACUUAAGCACAAAAGGAAAAUACAUGGUGGCUGUGGAGAUCUUCUCCAUCUUAGCCUCCAGCUUUGGGUUGCUGGGUUGCAUCUUUUCCCCCAAAUAUUACAUUAUUGCAUUUAGACCUGAGCUGAAUAAGAAGCAACAGCUCAUGAGAAGAUAA